UUCGUACUGUGAAGAUGUCCCUUAACAUUUUUAUGUGUUUUAAAUAAAAUUUGAUGUCUAAAUGUUUUGAUAAAAAAAAAAAUAUAAAAAAAUCUUACGUAUAAAAAAAAAUUGAGGAAGAAAAGAAACUUGAGAAUUUUUUUUGAGAAAAAAUUUCAAAGAAAAGCCUUUAAGAUGGAGCGACAAGGUCCCUCGAACGUUGGAGGGCGUUCUCCGCCUGUAAAAUCUACAACUUCAUCGCCUGAAAGUAGAGGCAGCGGAGCAACUCGUGCCCAAAUGCGAGGUCGUCGAUACAUUGCAGAACUUGUUCACACUCGUCCCGAUAUCGUUGGCAACUCCAAAAAGGGCUCGACAGGCGCUUUUACUACUUUAUCUUCCAAUUACUUUCGUCUCGUACGCAAACCGGAAUGGAGUAUUUUCCAAUAUCGCGUGGAUUUUCAACCCGAUAUCGAUUCUGUCGCCAUUCGCAAAGCUCUUUUCCGAAAACACGCCGAAAUGUUCAGCGGAUUCAUGUUUGACGGCACAAUGUUGUUCUCCAACUCAAAAUUGGAGCAUGAAAUAACUCACUUGAUCUCGCAACGUCUCGAUGGGACACAAAUUGUGAUUGUCGUAAAGUUCACGAAGCAAGUCAUGAUGACGGAAAUGGCUUCACUUCAAGUUUUGAACCUGAUUUUGCGUCGUGCGAUGGAAGGAUUGAACUUGCAGCUCGUUGGAAGGAACUUUUUUGAUGCUGUUGCGAAGAUCCCGAUCAACGAAUUUCGCUUGGAAUUAUGGCCAGGAUACGUCACUUCGAUUCGUCAACACGAAAACGACAUCUUGAUGUGUGCGGAAAUCUCGACAAAAGUCAUGCGAAUGGAGACAGCUCUCGAUGUUUUGAGUCGUUGCACGCAAGGACACGGAGAUUUCCGUGAAGUUUUCGCGAAAUCGAUGAUGGGAACGACUGUUUUGACGGAUUAUUCGAACAAAACUUACCGUAUCAGUGAUGUCGAUUGGAAACAAAGUCCCAUGAGUACUUUUGAGACAAAAUCUGGUCCUGUCACAUAUGUUGAGUAUUACAAAAAGAAAUACAACAUUACCAUCCGCGACACAAAGCAACCUCUCUUGAUCUCCAAAUCCGAAGACAAACGUCAACGCAGCGGCGAAUGCGACUUAAUCGCUCUCGUACCCGAAUUAUGUCGCCUAACGGGCCUCACUGAUGAGAUGCGCUCCAAUUUCCGUCUUAUGAAAGCCGUAGCUGAGCAUACUCGUGUUGGUCCCGCACAACGUGUUCGUCGUCUUCUCGACUUCAAUCGCCGUCUGAUCAACACUCCUGCCAGCAUGAAAACGAUGCAAGACUGGAAUUUAUCUCUGGAACAAGAAUUGGUCGAAGUAACGGGUCGCGAGUUGCUCUGCGAAGGAAUUUUAUUCGCAAAUCAAGAAGUCAAAGGCAAACCUCAAGCUGACUGGAGCUCCGAUCUCGUCUACAACCAACUUUUCGCAACUGUCGCUUUGCAUAAUUGGGCUCUUGUCACCCCACGACGCGCAUUACGCGAAUCAACUGCCUUUGUGAAAGUCCUUCAAGAUGCCGUUCGUAAAAUGGGAAUGGCGAUUCAUGAACCGCGCAUUUUGCAAAUUGACGGAGAUCGAAAUGACGAUAUUUUAGCAGCUCUUGAGGAUGCCUCACGCGGAGAUCCACAAAUGAUUUUGAUUGUUGUGCCAAAUAACAAUGCCUCGCGUUAUGCGACUAUUAAGAAGAAAUGUUGCGUCGAUCGGGCGAUUCCCACGCAAGUUAUUGUGCAACGAACAAUCACCCCAAAAAAUGGAAAUCCGCGAAGUUUGAUGUCUGUUGCGACAAAAGUUGCAAUUCAGCUGAAUACGAAGCUCGGAGCGGUUCCAUGGUCGAUUAAAAUGCCUUUGAAGGGACUCAUGGUGGUUGGAUUUGACGUUUCGCACGACACAAAAUCGCGAAAUGUCUCGUACGGAGCUUUGGUAGCAACCAUGGACAUGCGGGAGAACUGCAAAUAUUACAGCGCGGUUUCAUCGCAUACCAACGGCGAAGAAUUAACGAAUCACAUGACCUUGAACAUGCUGAAAGCCAUUCGUGAAUACCAAUCGGAGCACGGAACGUUUCCCGCGAAGAUCAUAAUUUAUCGUGACGGCGUCGGAGACGGGCAGCUGCAUUAUGUAGCCGAUGUAGAGUUACAAGCGAUGCGAAAAGCCCUCGAAGAAGCAUACGCCAAGGCCCAAUCUGAGCUCCGGAUGGCUUAUGUCAUCGUCAAUAAACGCAUCAACACGCGUCUCUUUAAACGCGGGCAAAAUCCGAUGCCAGGAACAGUAGUUGACGAUGUCAUCACAUGCCCCGAACGUUAUGACUUCUUUUUGGUAUCGCAAACGGUGCGUCAAGGCACAGUUUCGCCAACUUUGUACAACGUCAUACACGAUUCUUUGCUUUUGCCGCCCGAUAAGAUGCAGAUUUUGACGUACAAAUUAUGCCAUUUGUACUUCAAUUGGAACGGGACGAUCAGAGUACCGGCUGUUUGUCAAUACGCGCAUAAAUUGGCGCAGUUGGUUGGUGAACACAUUCAUCAGGCACCCAAUUCUGGAUUGAAUAAGAAACUUUUCUUCCUCUAAAGACCCGCGAUUUGGGCGAAAUUACUGAAAAUGAACGAAAAACGUUCUGAAUUUAAUUAUUUUUAAGUUUUUGUGUUUCUCGUGCAUUAAUUUUUUGCAUGAUUUUGAUUUUUUUUGUCUGUGACUUAUCUAAAAAAAACGUAUAAAAAGUAUCAAUAUAACAAUGAAAUAUUUAUUGAA